UUUGUUUCUACAGACAAAGCUGGAGGAAAGAGAGAGAAAUGGAGCGCUUUUGGCUGUGGAGGUUUUUAAUAUUACUACAGGUUUAUUGGGUCUGUUCGGUUGCUGCAACAGGCAAACAGUGGAAGAUAAACCGAGACAAGAUCUCAGCUGCUGUUAAAGGGUACUCUCCAUGCAGCCCUGUCAACUGCAGCUGCCAUCUAAGUGUCUUACAGCAGGACCUGCAGCCCUUCAGAGGAAGAAUCUCUGAGGAUCUCAUGGCAGCGACUGUUCAGAGGGGAGUGGGCACCCAUUACCAGAUUAUUGGACACAAGUUGUACAGAGAGCACAGCUGUAUGUUUCCAUCCAGGUGCAGCGGGGUUGAGCAUUUCAUCCUGGAGGUGAUCGACAGAUUACCUGAUAUGGAGAUGGUGAUCAAUGUCAGAGAUUACCCACAAGUUCCACACUGGGUGCAGCCAACGCUGCCCGUCUUUUCUUUCAGUAAGACGGCUGACUAUCAGGACAUCAUGUACCCAGCGUGGACAUUUUGGGAGGGUGGGCCUGCUGUGUGGCCGAUAUAUCCCACUGGACUGGGAAGAUGGGACCUAAUGAGGGAUGACCUUAAGAAGUCUGCAGCACAGUGGCCAUGGAAGAAGAAAGAGUCCAAAGGAUUCUUCAGAGGCUCCAGAACGAGUCCAGAGCGCGAUCCUCUGAUUCUUCUGUCCAGAGAGGCUCCAGAGCUGGUGGAUGCAGAGUACACAAAGAACCAGGCCUGGAAGUCUGAGAAGGACACUCUUGGAAGACCUCCAGCUAAAGAAAUCCCACUGGUCGAUCACUGCAAAUACAAGUAUUUAUUCAACUUCCGAGGCGUCGCUGCCAGCUUCCGCUUCAAACAUCUCUUCCUCUGUGGGUCCCUGGUGUUUCAUGUGGGGGAUGAAUGGCUGGAGUUUUUCUACCCCCAGCUGAAGCCUUGGGUGCACUACAUCCCAGUGAAGCAGGAUCUGUCUGAUGUUAGGGAGCUUCUACAGUUUGUCAAAGAGAAUGACGCCAUUGCAAAGGAGAUUGCAACAAGGGGUAUGGAAUUCAUCCUCGACCACCUGCAGAUGCAGGAUAUUUCCUGCUACUGGGACAGGCUUCUCACCGAGUAUAGCCAUCUUCUCACAUACAAACCCAAAAGGAAAGACAACUACAACCAGAUCAUACACAGACCCAGGAAGACGGAGCUUUAACAGGGAGGUCCUGCAGCAGCAGAUCGGCUAUUUUAAAGGGAAACUCCACAGAGUGAAUGUAAAUACGAGCAAACGGACAAAAGGGCAGGUAGUUUAGGUGCCAUACAUUCAUGUAUUUUUGAAUAUCAGCAACUCUCUGGUUUGAUCAAGUUUAGGUUUGGCACACCAGCAAAAGAACAUCAUUAUGUGGGACAUCCACUCUAUAAAUUUACACUUUUAAAGAUUUAAAGUAAGAAUGUAAACCAGUUAUGUCCGCUGUGACUGUACAAGAAACAUAACCAUGCUGGUGUCAUAGUGAUGCCAUCAGGGGUUAUAUCCUAAAAUGAUUGGGCUAUUUUUAUCAGAAAAUCUGCGUAUAAAACUACUUGACAAUGUCCAACCGACUGGCAAUCUUCUCUGUAGUCCCGGUAGAGUUAGCAGUUAGCCUUGAAAGACUUCCAGACAAGAUUUCCUAUUCCAUGCAACUUAAAAACCGUCAUUCCUUUUUCAGAACAUCUAGAGUAGAACGGUUCACCUUUUGAGUCUCAGUCCGAGGUUAGACAGCGGCUUAUCUCACACUCACUUUAGUGGCACAAGCCUGAAAAGGAUGCCAAUUUCAAUGUGAUUUACUCAUAAUUAAGGGGAAUUAAAAGUCAAGCUUUGUCAGAUCUCUCCUUAAAGUUGGGCCUACACUGUGCAAAUUAUUGUGCGACUGUAUUUACAUCCUAACCCGAUGCAGUCUUAUGAUCGGCCAUGACUUGAGUGACUUGAGGACGGGCUGUGACAAAUGUAAAAGAAGUUUCCUUAAAAGCGGGGAGGUUGACGUCAUAUUUAUUUUCUCAUUUAGGCUUCAAAAACCUACAAACAGAGACAAAACCAUUCUUGCCUCUCUCACACACAUAAACAAUGCCAGCAAACACAACUAGCAGCAACAUAAUAACAAAUAUUCCAUAUCACCUGGAGGUCUGCUGGUUCUUCUCAUUUAGUUCCUUUAUUAUAGUCCCAGAAGGUACAUCAGAAAUCUGCUGUUGUGUAACUCAAAAUUCAUCUGAAUCAGCUUUAAAUCGCACAGUUUACGCCUGGAUUAAGAGAGUGAAAAAUGUAUUAAUGUUGUGUUUUAUUGAAUGGGUUUCGGUUAAUUCUUCUGAUAUGUUUCAUGUAGUGAAGGAAUGUUACCUCUGAUUGUUUUUCAGUGUGAAGCAGGUUUGUGAGUCAAGUUCAAAUGCUUGAGCUGUACUCUUGGAGCCAAUAACUCUUCACAGAAAGGAAAACUUCAUAAGAAUGCCAUUGAUUGAAGCUGUUUUGACAUCAGAACGGACAAAGUUCAGCCUUUUUUGUUGCUGUCAAAAACAAAUGUUUGAUCUGUAUACAGCAAAGCCUGCUGACGUGUGAUUGGCCAAUGCAUCUCGGACUGAGUCUAGAUUUCCAGAACCCCCACCCAUGUGUGCAGAUUCUCUAUCAGAAUCUGUAAAUAGAGAUUAUGUCAACAAUUAUCCGUCCACUGGAGGGCAUUCUGGGAAAUGUAGGACCUUGCUGCUUAUUUAGGAACUCAAAAGCGACGCUGUCUUUACCUCUGAUACCUCAAAUUGUAGUAUCCUUUUUUAAACUGAAAGACAACCAAACUUUGUAGAAGCCACAUGAAAGAAUUUUCAUCUGUUGCCAAUUAUGAGUAAGUGCCAGCACUUGUACCUGUUAGAUGUUCUGUGUUAAAGCUCGCUUUCCUACGAUGCCAUAGACACUGCAGUUGACCUUUAAAGACAUCACCUCUGCUGCAUUGCUCUCUACUGGAAAACUGAGAAACAUCCAGCUUUGUUUUUUUAGAAUUUCUAACUCUACAUUACAUUGAUGUGCUGUUAUGUCCGAACUGUGUUGCAAUAACUUUUUAACCUGAAAGAACAAAGGAAGUCAUCGCAGUAAACAUCCUUCCACAUUAAGUGCCAACAGUAAGCAAUAAUACCUUAUUUUGAUUUGAUGUGUGGAGUUUCCAAGAAACAUAAUGUUGAAUAUGUUGUAAUAUUCAUGUUUUACUCUGAACGUGUGGGACCUCAUUGAUGUUACAUGUUUAUUUUUACAAUAAUGUGUUGUGAAAAUGGUUCAGUAGUAUGUUGGUAUUGAUCUAAAGCUGUGAUCAUGUACCAGGUCAUCAUGGGAUGUUGCUUCUCUGUUUUUAUAACAUUAAACAGUUUGGUUGUGAAAGCA